AUGGUGGCGGAGCCAGGUGCAGUCCUCUUUCUCCAAACCCUCCUCAACGUUGAUCUGCUUGCUGCUGUCUCAAGUGGACUUCAAGAAGAGACGGGCUCCAGGCUCGAGAGCUCCCCACAGUGGCAGGUGAAUCUGCAGAAAGAAUUUGGCGGCAGCUUAAGACUCUCCCUGCAACUUCUCCGGAAAACAAAGGACCUCACACGUUGCUAUCUCUCUAUCCGUCUGCCUGGAGCUCAACUAACUCUUCUACAACACCCGGGAGUGCUUCCUGCAGUCAGCCUUGAUGUCUACACAUGGCUUUCUCUUCCGGAUGCCAAGCGCCUGUCCCACAUGGCCAAGAUGUUGUCAUUCUAUCACAUGAUAACGCAACAGCUGAGGUACCACGAAGCCACGAAAGAAGACUCCCAAUUCCUCUCUCGGUUUGAAGAGCUCAGUUUUAACCUCCGAGACCUGAUUCAUCAUGUGAGUUACCAGAUGUCACUUUGGGGCCUGCAGCCUGAAAGCCAGCCUGAACCGACACUCAAACCCCUUCACAUCCUUUCUCACCACAGUCAGUGGCGGAACCGUCAGGAAGUGUACAUCAUCUUGCGCUCUCUCUCGAGUUUCCUGUGCCGUGUCACACGGGAUUUCGUGAUCCUCAGGAAGAGGGCGGUCAAAAGAACGUCACUCUCCAAGGCUCCCAGAGCCCACCGUUUCCCAUUGUAA